CCGAAGUGGCAUUAUAUUGCAACUAUCGUCGGCAACUGUGGGUGGUCUCAGUCGCCUCUUAUAUUUUCCGCCUCUCACUUGGCAUAGGAAACAUAUCCGUAUUCCUACCGGCAAAGAAAGGCAUUUGGUCGGCUCGGUGAGAGCUGCUCCGACUUCUUGCAUAAUGCGGUCUGGUUCCAACUAAGAGUGGAUUACAGCUCUGAUAUAGCGAUUUCACCUACUCCACUAGGCUGUAUCAUUGCUGUACCACCAACACCAUGCCGCAACACGAGUACGUACCAAAGUCCUACUCUUCGAUAGGAUCAGAAGGAUCAAAAUUGCUACAUCUGCGAAGCAAUGAACGUGCUGAACCGAUAGAUUUCACGUUUGAGGCAAUCAAACCAGGUCUGUUCCGAACGACAUUCACAUCAAAGACCCAUCCUCUGCCUCCCUUUCCCAGCGCCAGGAAACCAACAGUUCAAGAUGCACAUUUCUCAACCAAGGCUACGGGAGGCAGCUCAAGGACCUAUUCUGCUGGCGACAUAGAGGCGAAAGUUGAGUGGGAUGGCGUACCAAUCGUCACGGUUGGAUUCGCUGGACAGAAACCUUUGCAUACAGAUCUACCAUUUCGAUCGUAUGUGAUAGACGGAACAGGGAUUGCUCACUACACUCGGUAUUUUCGGGGCAGUCUCCAUGUUGGACUUGGAGAGAAAGCCGCUCCAAUGGACCUUUCGGGACGCCAUUUUACGCUGUCGGCAACAGAUUGCUUUGGAUACGAUGUUCACAGGACAGAUCCCAUGUACAAACACAUCCCGCUUUUGGUGAGGGCUACUCCGGAAGGUGUGGUCGCAACUUUCUCCACGAGCCACGCACGAGGCUACUACUCUGUUGGGUCCGAGAUGGAUGGUAUGUGGGGCUUCUUCAAAGUGUAUAGGCAGGACCAUGGAGGUCUAGAGCAAUACAUCUUGAUCGGGAAGACAUUGCAGGAAGUGGUCACUCUUUACGCCGAGCUUGUUGGCUUUCCACUUCUAGUGCCCAGAUGGGCUUUUGGCUAUCUGGGCGGGGGCAUGAAGUAUUCGAUGCUGGACGAGCCUAGAGCCAGUGACGCGCUGAUGGACUGGGCUAGCAAAGUGGAGAAGUACGAUAUUCCUUGUUCCGGGUUUCAGAUGAGCUCUGGUUACACCGUUGCAGAGACGGAGCCCAAGACGAGAAAUGUCUUCACCUGGAACAAACACAGAUUUCCGGACCCAAAAGCUUUCUGUGAUGCUUUUCAUGCCAAAGGCAUCAGGCUGAUCGCAAAUAUCAAGCCUUACAUCUUGGCGAGUCACCCAGAGUACGAGAAGCUGGUGAAGGCAAAUGCACUCUUCAAGGACCUCAACAGCGGAGGUAGCGGGAUUGCUCGAUUAUGGAGUGCUGGUGGAGGUGAAUCUGGUGAAGGCGGGCACAUUGACUUCUCGUCCAAAGCUGGAUAUGACUUCUGGUAUAACGGUGUGAAGGAAUUACGCAAGGUUGGUAUGGACUGCAUGUGGAACGACAACAACGAAUACCUGGUACCGGAUGAUGACUGGCAAAUGGCACUUGACCAGGAAUCUGUCAAAGACAUCAAACAGGAUCGGAGGGAUGUUGGUCUAUGGGGCCGUGCCAUGCACACAGAGCUCCACGGGAAAGCUUCCCACGAUGCCUUGCUAGAGAUCUGUCCCAACGAGCGCCCAUUCGUACUUUCACGAAGCGGCACUGCUGGGACAUUUAAAUAUGCAUGCUCAGCUUGGUCUGGAGAUAACAUCACGUCUUGGGACGGAAUGCGUGGCGGCAACGCUCUGUCUCUCAAUGCCGGCAUGUGCUUGAUGCAAUGCUAUGGUCACGACAUUGGAGGCUUUGAAGGGCCACAGCCUACACCCGAGCUCCUAUUACGUUGGGUCCAGCUUGGGAUCCACAGCCCGCGUUUCGCGAUCAACUGCUUCAAGACCGGGGACGAUAAUCUUUUGGGAGAUGUCAUUGAGCCCUGGAUGUAUCCUGAAAUCAUCCCUGAGGUCCGCAAGGCGAUCCUGCGGCUCUACGAACUCAUUCCCUACCGGUAUGGUCUGAUGCUGAAGAGCCAUUUGACUGCUGUACCACCACAGAGAUGGGUAGGCUGGGGCUACGAAAGUGACCCGGAAGUGUGGAAUCACAGAGUCUUGAAGGAUGGCGAGCAACAGUACUGGCUUGGUGACACACUGCUUGUAGGUGGAGUCUAUGAGUCUGGGGCAACAGAGGGCAGAAUCUACACUCCAAAGCGUAGCGCUUCUGAUCCUGGCUUCUUGAACCUCAACGCUCCGUAUCAGUAUCUACCGGCUGGCCAAUGGCAUACCAUCUCGUCACCAUGGAAGGGCAGCAUUCCCAUAUUAGCAAGAAUCGGUGGUGCCAUCCCAGUUGGAAAGAACAAGCAAGUCGUUGCGCCGGGCGACAAAUUGAACGAAGCAAAUCUGCCCGCAGAUGACUGGCGAGGCAUCGAGAUCUUUCCACCUCCGGAAGAUGCUGCGGAUGAUAUGCUGUAUGCGAAUGACUGGUUGGAGGAUGAUGGAAUCUCGCCUCCUCCAGCCAAGAUUGCGAAAUUCUGCAUCAGCUAUUCUGCCACGGCGCAGGAGGUCCGAGUCGCCUUCGACCGAGCCAUUGCCGCGUUCACACCGCCUUGGGUGAGACACGGGGUCACAAUCAUCCUUCCGGUCGGCGAUUCGAGGAACGUUGUUAGCCGUGAUGGCAAAAUUGUCGAAGCGAGGCGACAGGAUGACUCGGGACGACGGAGAUUUCAGAUCCUUGCCGGCUCGUAGUCAUUGCAGAGUAGACUGGAAGCCUCCGGGUUCU